UCCCCCUCACCAUGUGGCCCUCCCCCGCCGUCGCCCCCGCCUCCCACGCCAUGGCGAGGAUCGCCGCCCGAGCCUUCCCCAUCACCACCAGAUCUUCUCUCCCGCUCACUUUUUCCCCUCGGGUCGCCGCUGUGCUCUGGUGGCGGUUGCCGGGUGAUCCGGCCUCCUCGUCUGCCCCUGCGGCCUCGUUUCUACCCCCGGGCAUCUCCGGUGUUCCUAUUGGGAGAUCCUUCCACGUCUCCUGUGGGCAUUUACGCUCGACCGUGCCGUUCGGUGGGUUCUUCGCGAACCUCAGGGGUUUUCGGAAGGCGAGGCGCAAGCAGGCGGCGUCGAAGAAGGAGGCGCCCAAGGACAAGCAGCUGCAGCUAGAUGUGAAGAUUGGUCUUGAAGAAGAAAUGCCCAAGGAUCCCGAAGUGUUGAACAUUGUCGAAAUGUUAAAGCUAAAUGUUCCCAUGGCAAUGAAAAUAGCAUUUGAUGGUCUAAAAGAUUCAGAGUACAAGACCAGGGAUACCUCUAUAGAUGAUGUUGGUAAAUUUGAUAAGGUUGAGCUAUCUAUAUUGCUUUGCAAUGAUGAUUUUAUCCGAAGGCUAAAUAAAGAUUGGAGAGGCGAGGACAAAGCUACAGAUGUUCUCUCAAUAUCACAGCAUAUAGCUGCACUUGAUUUACCUGUGCUAAUGCUAGGUGAUAUAGUAAUCUCUGUUGAGACCGCUGCUAGACAAGCAGAGGAGAGAGGUCACACCCUGCUUGAUGAAAUACGAAUUCUCAUGGUUCAUGGUUUGCUGCAUCUUCUUGGGUUUGAUCAUGAGAUUAGUGAUGAGGCUGAAACAGAAAUGGAAAAGGAGGAGGAACUAGUCUUGAAGAGUCUUGGAUGGAAAGGAAAAGGUCUAAUAAAGAGUGCAUUGGAUACUACAGAAAAUGGAAGCCUUCAGAAAGAAGAUUUAGAUGGAAUAGAGAUAAAAGAUUCAAAGGAUGCAGGCAGCCUGCGGUUUUAUAAACCCAAGUUCAGCUAUAUUUUUUGUGAUAUGGAUGGUACACUUUUAAACAGUAAAAGUCAGAUUAGUGUAACAAAUGCUGACGCUAUAAAAGCAGCAGUAUCAAGAGGAGUGAACAUAAUUAUUGCUACUGGAAAGACCCGCCCUGCCGUCAUAAGUGCUCUGAAGAUGGUUGAUUUGGCUGGGAAAAAUGGUGUUAUUUCUGAGUUUUCACCUGGGAUAUUCUUGCAGGGAUUGCUUGUUUAUGGGAGACAGGGUAGAGAAAUUUGUAGAAGUAACUUAGACCAAGAUGUCUGUAGGGAGGCACUUUUAUAUUCUCUGGAGCAUGAAGUUCCUCUGAUAGCAUUUUCCCAGGAUCAGUGUUUCACAUUAUUUGAUCAUCCUUUGGUUGAUUCCCUCCACACUGUAUAUCAUGAGCCAAAGGCAGAGAUAAUGUCUUCGGUUGAACACCUUCUUGCGGCUGCUGAAGUGCAGAAACUACUUUUCUUUGAUACUGCUGAGGGGGUUUCGACGACUCUGCGACCAUAUUGGGCAGAGGCAAUAAUGGGACGAGCAGAGGUUGUCCAGGCUCAACCUGAUAUGCUCGAGAUUGUACCUGCUGGAACAUCAAAGGGCAACGGUGUGAAAAUGCUGCUGAAUCACCUUGGUAUUACUGAGAAAGAGAUCAUGGCUAUCGGUGAUGGUGAAAAUGACAUCGAGAUGCUUCAGUUAGCAUCGCUAGGCAUUGCACUUGCAAAUGGAUCGGAAAAGACGAAAGCUGUUGCCGACGUGAUUGGAGCUUGCAAUGAUGAAGAUGGUGUGGCAAAGGCUAUUUACGAAUAUGUUUUCUGAUGUUCGAUUCCAGAACAAGCCGGACUGCUCGCCGCACCGCAUCCUUGUUGUUCAGGGAUACGAACAUUCAAAUUCAAAUCUAUUAUAAGCAUAAGAAGAAAACCAACAUUACUUGGGUUAUAAAAGUUAUAACUCAAAGUUUUAGGUCAUUGUUUUCGCGGUGGAGCUGGAACCAGUUCACCAUUUGUUGCAUGCAAAUUAUUGCCAUUCAUUUUCUUUAGGGUCCUCCUUUUUGGAUGUCACCAAACAUGCAUCCUUUGUGUUGGAAUGAAAAAGGUUUGCAUCAUCUAAGAA